CAGAUCCGAUUCUCCACCUACGAUCCACUACGCUACAGCUCGUUUCCCCAUUCCAUACGCCAACAGCUCCACGUCCGAGACGGUUAACAAGCCUAUCCCCAGAGCUCCCUAGUUAAUAUCGCCUCUAUAUCGAGUAGCCUGUCGUCCGAUAUCAUUCACUUAAUACUCCCCUACCGACCAGGUCUCUCGUUCUUUUGGACUUUUCUCUCGUUUGGUGGCAGGACUCCCAUAACCAUAUAUCGCAUUCUUUCUUUCGUUUAGACGGCCAAUUAGUUUAGGAACCUCCGUGAGGAAUACCGUCAACAUGAAUUUCACAAAGAAGAUCGAUCGUGCCUUUCAAUGGGCUGGCGAGAAGAUGGGCCAUGAGGCCAAGACGAGUCAGUCUGACGAGUUCAAGAGUUUAGAAACUGAGAUGGCUCUUCGACAUGAUGGCUACGAUCGCCUCCAGAAAUCCAUGAAUGUUUACGUCAAAUCGCUCUCCCGUCGAGGCGAAACCUUCGAGGACAAGGAAAAGGGUUUACCUGUUAGCUACCUUGGCCGGACAAUGAUGACCCAUGGUGAAGACUUCGAGCCAGACUCUGAAUUCGGCAAUUGCUUAAUUGCUAUGGGUAGAGGCAAUGAACGAAUUGCUGGUAUCCAAGAAACGUACGUUGCACAUGCUACAUCCUACUGGCUAGAAGGACUAGAACGAUCAUUGGCAAUGAUGAAGGAGUACCAGUCCGCACGCAAGAAGCUCGAGAACCGACGCCUUACAUAUGACGCUUGCAUGAUUAAGAUGCAGAAGACGAAACGCGAAGAUUUUAGACUCGAAGACGAACUUCGAACCGCGAAAGCCAAGUACGAGGAGUCUUCCGAAGAUGUCCUCCGUCGUAUGCAAGACAUCAAAGAAGCGGAGGCCGACUCCGUCCGUGACCUUACAUGCUUCCUCGAUUCUGAGCUCGAUUACUACGAACGUUGUGCCGAAGAACUUCGACGCGUGAAGCAGGAAUGGGUGGCUGGUCAGGGUCAACCACCAGUUGGCCCUCGCCCCGGCGAGCUUAGCAUUUCACGAAGACCUACAAACCGAAGCAGAAGUAAUACGGCUCAAUCGUACUCCGAGCGCAAUAAUCGUACCGAACAAUGGGCAAGCCGACAAGACAUCUAUGAAGAACCAGCGCCCGAACCAGUCCGUAUGCCCAUUCGAUCCAGUCCUUACCGCGCUGGUCGAUCAGUGUCACCUGAGGUACAAAGACCGAGUAUCAAUCGCGCCUCGACUCACGGUGGGGCUUUUGAGGGUCCAUCUUCAAGGCAAUCCACGUACCGUGAACCUCCCCCACCGCCGCCUGAGUCGUUGCGCAAAACUCCCACAGCACCACCACUCAAUGUGGGAGCACUUCGCAACAAUCUACGCCCGGUGAACAGAAUCCAGACAAAUCAGAAUUUGAGUCCAGAUGUGUAUGUCGACGAAUAUGAUACGGCCACCAGCAGUGGAAGUCCAGAAUAUGAUCGCAGCGAAAGUCCCGCGACGAGUUAUGGAAGCUUAAGUCGCACCCCAAGUAAUAACGGUCUACGUACAUCGGCUUCACCAGGGUCUGUCAAGAAGGCUCCCCCACCGCCGCCACCAAGCAGGGCCAAGAAACCAGCGCCGCCUGUUCCUGCAAGGCGGGAAAUAGGAUACUAAGACAGCGACUAUUUACGUCCUGUUA